CAAUCCCCCGCAAUCUCGCCGCUCCUCCUCGAUGGCAAACGGGACCCCGCUCAGGCAGGACUUGAACCGUCGACUGCCGCGAACUCGCUUAGAUUCAGAGCCCAUUCACACUCCCAUUCGCUGCCUUCACAUCGGCACCGUACCUCAACGUCGCUAGAAACAUGGCGGAGUGGGCUUCGGAGUCAGCUGGUCUCACUCAUGCCUGAAAAGAUGCUGGACCGGACAGUAAUGCCAGGACCUCACCUUCUGAAUGAAUCUCUCUAUAAGGCGAUUUUAGACUAUCAUGGCGGCAUGGAGGAAUGUGCCAAAAGUCUUUCCCUGGCACCAGCUCCCCUUUGGACACAAGUACGCCAAACACGGAGACAUCAAGCAGUGCUUGCGAUGCCCGCAAUGGCACAGGCUCGCGCGGCAGAAGCGGAUCCAUCUUGUGAGGAGGAAAGUGAAAGACCGACUGUCGAGAAGAUUGGGGGUAGACUUUGGACAAAGGACUACGUGAAAUUGAAACUGCUCGAGUUUGUUGGUUCACUUGGACUCGAUCGGCAAAAUGUCAUGCCGACGAAAGGGGAGCUCCGCAAGGGCCCCGGUGAGAACGAGACGCUCAUUAACUACAUCUCACGUGUCUUCAAGACUAAAGAGCCGGGCACCAUCAACGCCUUCCAUCGAGCGGCAAUAUAUUGCUCCUUGAAUUAUAAGCGGCUUACGAUGCCCGAUGAUUACUGGAAGUCUUUCGAAAACAUCAAGGCUGCGUUGGAAGAUGUAAUGGCUGAACAUGGCUUGGAUCGUGUGACGCCAACCCUGUCGGAGAUGCGUUCCAAAGGCAAACAAACGGUGUAUUCUGCCAUCAAGAAGCAUCGUGGGGGUGUUAGGCUGUUGCGACACAGUUGGGCUACACCGUUAGACCGGGAACAGUUAGAACCAAGAAGGGCUGCUAGAACAGCACAACAAAUGCAAACUUUGAAGGGUGGGUGACUUCGUCGGCGUGCAUAGCGCAGAGUCAUAGACACAGAUUUGCACGAGAGUUGGAUUCAAGGAAAGAAUGAAGGUCCUUUUGCUGGAGGCAAUCCAAGAGAGUUUACGUAGACAAU